UAAUAUACCAGUAAUAAACCGUAAGAUCAAAUUGGAACCCAAUUUUCCUUUUCCGUUCAACUGCAUCGAUAUUCUCCAUGGCUUACGUUGAGCGAGGUGUUGUGAAAUCAAAGCGGUCAAUAUGGCGGCUUAAUACAAUCACAGAUUUCUUAUGGGCCAUUAUUAACUUCAUUGGCGUGUUUUUUACAACAAUGUUCUCGAUGGAAAAAUCAGAUGCCUAUAGAAAAGGUGCUGUUGGUAAAAAAUGGGAUGGUGGUGCUCCUGGAGGAGGCCCUGGUGGCGGUGGUGGUGGCGGACCAUAUGGUGGUGGUCCAGGAGGCCCUCGUGGGGGUCUUGACAAUGUCCGUGGUCUAGAUAGUAUAAGGGGACGUGAUCAUAAUUCACUUCCUGCCUGUGGCUCCUGCUGUGGUUAAGUGUUAGAGAUCCAUUUUGUCUAUAUAUGCCUUGUAUGUUACUGUUGGUAUCUGAUGUUGAACUGGUGUAAUAUGUAAAAAUCGAUAAGAGUUUCAAGCUUUAUAUUUGGGCAUAGGCCAAAAUAACAGAGUUGUACUUUAUUGUUGAAUGUUAAUAGUUUUCAUAUGACCGACCAAUGACUAGAAACAUAUAUACCUUUGCAGAACUUUUCUUAA